AUGAUCCUGUGCAGACUGCAGCCCUCUGCGCCCUCUGCGCGCUCAGCCUGGCGCACACGGGCCUCCCUCCAGCAGCAGCAGCAGUGUUGGUCCUCCUCUGCUCCUCCUCAGCCGGUGCCUCCUCUCUCCCUGACGCUGCAGAGAUACCUCCAGGCCUUGGAGCCUCUGCUGCCUCCGGACGAGCUGAGCCACAGCCGCCGCAUGGUGCAGGAGUUUGGGCGUCCUGGAGGCCUGGGCUCCCGGCUGCAGAAGGGGCUGGAGAUCAGGGCCCGGCACACCAGGAACUGGAUCACAGACUGGUGGGUGCAGUGGGCGUAUCUGGAGAACAGGGAGCCUCUGGCGGUGCACUCAAACCCGGCCAUCUCUCUCCCUCGACGGGACUUCAACGACUGGAGGAGCCAGCUGGUGUUUGCGUCCAAACUCAUCGCUGCGGUGCUGGACUUCAAAGCCAUGGUGGACAGGGGCCAGUUGCCGGUGGAGCAGCUGCGUGGCCAAAGUCUGUGUAUGGAGCUGUAUCCGCUCAUGUUCUCCUCGUGUCGGAUCCCGGGCCCAAAACACGACUCUGUGGCUCACUACGGACGCUCCCGACGGACCCCCACCCACAUCACCGUGGUCCGCAACUACCAGUUCUUUCAGCUGGAGGUUUACAACAGCGACGGCUCCAGGAUGACCGAGUCUCAGAUCCACGCCCAGCUCCUGCGGAUCCGCUCCCAGUCCUGGAAAACCGACAAGGAGCCGAUGGGAAUAUUAACCAGCGAGCACCGGCACACGUGGGGAGCCGCCUACAACCGGCUGCUCAGAGACAAGAUCAACAGAGAGUCUGUGCGAGCGAUCGAGACCGGACUGUUCUCUCUGUGUCUGGACUCUCCGGUCAUGAGGAUCUCAGACGAAAAAUACGCCAGUCGUAAAGCUGCUCAGGUGCUUCAUGGAGGUGGGACUUUUUCAAACAGCGGAAAUCGAUGGUUUGAUAAAACUCUUCAGUUUGUGGUUGGUGAAGAUGGGUCGUGGGGGCUGCUGUAUGAACAGGCCACAGCAGAGGGCCCCCCGGUGGCCAAUCUGCUGCAUCACGUCCUGGAGUACUGUGAGAAGCCAGACCCAAAGAGAGCUCCUCUGGUGCCGCUGCCCAUGCCCAAAAAACUGUAUUUCUACAUCGAUCGGGAAAUCAAGAGGGACAUCGAGCUCGCCAAGCAAAACCUGGACAUACUGAUAAAUGACCUGGAUGUGAACGUCUUUAACUUUAAGAGGUUUGGGAAAGAGCUGCCGAAGAGAAACAAGAUGAGUCCAAACGCCUUCAUCCAGGUGGCGCUGCAGCUCUCCUACUACAGAGUCCACAGUGAGGUGUGUGCGUCCUGUGACAUGGCGUCCCAGAGGAUGUUCAGAGGAGGUCUGACCGAGUACAUCCGCUCGCCGACCAAAGAGGCGCUGGCCUUUGUGCUGGCCUUCGACGACCCCUCUGUGUCGAGAGAAGUGAAGCUGCAGUUAUUCCGAGAGGCGGUGGAGGCCUACGUCGCUCUGACUGAUCUGGCGUUGAAAGGACACGGUGUGGACCGCCACCUGCUGGGUCUGAAGCUGCAGGCCAUAGAGCAGGGCCUGAGCAUCCCCAAGGUCUUCAUGGACACGGCCUACGGACUGGCCACGCACUGGAAGCUGCGCACGGGACAGGUUCCCGCCAACACCGACAGCGUGAUGUGUUUCGGGCCGCUGGUUCCGGACGGUUACGCCGUCUGUUACAACCCUCAGGCCGACCACGUGCACUUCUCCAUCACCGCCUUCAACUGCUGCGAGGAGACCAACGCCGAGACCAUGGCCGCCACCGUGAACGCCACGCUGUGCGAGCUGCAGGAGAUGGUGGAACCCGGACCCUGA